UUGAAGAUAUUCCAUUAUAUUUGUGCAGCUCACAAGGUUCCAAAACAAUGAAGGCUUUGCAAUUGGUGUUGCUUUUUUCCAUCCUUUAUCAGAUGGACUUGGAGCCAUUAGAUUCAUCAACUCAUGGGCCAAAAUAGCUAGAGGAGAAACACUUGAGGAACAUGAGUUACCAUUUUUGGAUAGAACAUUACUCAAAUUUUCACACACUCCAUUGGCACCAUGUUUUGAACACAUGGAGUUAAAGCCACUACCACUCAUUCUAGGAAGAAAAGACACAAGUGAAGAAAGGAAGAAAAAAACUUCAGCAACAUUGUUGAGACUCUCACCAGAACAAGUUGAUAAGUUGAAGAAAAAAGCUAAUGAAAAUGAUAUUCUAGCAAUGAUGAAAAAGGGGUCAAGGGCUUUUAGUAGAUAUGAGGCAGAUGGCGCACAUUUAUGGAGAUGUGCAUCUAAGGCACGUGAGCUUGAAGAGAGUCAAGAAAGUGUUGUUAGAUUCAAUGCUGAUGUUAGAACAAGGAUGAUUCCAAAUCUUCCUAUAAACUAUUUUGGGAAUGCUUUGACACAAACAGCUAUCAAAGGACAUAUUGGAGAAAUCACAUCAAAGCCUUUGGGUUAUGUAGCACAGAAAAUAAGAGAAGCAACUGAGAUAGUAACAGAUGAAUUUAUAAGGUCACAAAUUGAUGUUAUUAGGGGAUUUGAGAAUUUGGAUGAUGCAAGGGCUUUGUUUUUAGGUGCUGAAGGUGAGAAUAUUCCAUAUUUUGGAAACCCUAAUUUUCAUUUAACUAGUUGGAUGAGUAUGCCUGUUUAUGAAGCUGAUUUUGGAUGGGGAAAGCCUGUUUAUUUUGGAAUAGCUUAUGUGUCUCCACAUGAUAGGGCAGUGAUUCUUCUUAGUCCUGAUGAAGAUGGAUCUAUUCUGGUUUGUUUGCAUUUUCAGAAUGCACAUUUGGAGCUUUUCAAGAAGUACUUCUAUGGUGAUAUUUGAAAACUGCUACUUUUCAUUUAGAGUGUGUUGUUUGCAUUAAUAUUCUGCUUUUUAGUAUA